UAUCCUUCAAGGAGUAUAUUGGCCACUGAUAAACUACAGUGUUGGCCAUUGAUAAAAAAAAAAAUGUCAAAUGACCAAUUACCAUGUAAGUCAGUUCACUUCAUGGGGGGAGGGGGCGAUCGACGGACAUGAAUAACACAACUCUUAUACAAGGAUAUAAUAUAUUAUUAUCUAUGGAUUGAGGCUCAAGAGUCUCAAUGUUCCAUUGUCUCUAAGUGGAUUAAUUACCUAUUUAAUAUUAUGACAAAUUUAAUUUGCAUAAUUUAAUGUAGACAAAGGGGUGACGAGUUUGGUUUUUUUUUUGUCACUUUUCAGUGUCUUUGGAGAUACCUUAUCACUAAUCUGUUGGUGAUAAAGAUGGGUAAAAGACCGAUAACACAAUCGAUGAAUUGUUUUUUGAGGAACUGUGGACCAUAGUUAGUACCUAACCACAGAAUACAUUAAAUUUAAAUCUAUUCUGUGAUCUAACUAUUAACUAUCGUGUCGACGUGAAAAUACGAACUAACAUUCUUGGGUACCUAAUUGAUAACUCGACAAACAUAAGAACAUAACAAUAAAAAAUAAUAAUCCAAAAUGACGCCAUCAAAACGUACCAAUACACAUUUGGAUAUGGAGCCUUAUGUUACACUUACUCGGCUUACCAAUAAGGAUAUAAAGAAAUAUACCGGAGGAAUUGGCCUAAAUAAUCAGAUAAUAAUCACUAGUGAUUUAAUUGAUGUAAAAAUUGAGCCAGAAGAUACUCGUAGUACUGAAAGUACUACAUUUUCUAAUCGCUUAGAAAAAAAUAGAUUUAUUUGCUUUGAAUGCUAUGAUUGUUUUGAUGAUUUUGAAGAAUUUAGCAUUCAUAAAAAUUUGUCACAUACAAGUAAACCUUAUGUAUGUGAUAUUUGUGAAGCACAAUUUGUUCUUAGUGCUCAUUUGAAUCUACAUUUAGCUAAACAUGAUAAUAAUUAUAACAACUCAAAUAUUACCAAGUACCAUAAAUGUGAUUUUUGUCUGCAAAUAUUUAAAAGUUUUUCAGCAUUAAAUGAUCAUUUGCAAUACGAUACACAUAGAAUGCAGAUGCAUUAAAGGAGACAAUUGGCAUUAAAAAGAAGAAAGUGAAUAAUCAAAAUAAAAAUAGCAUUGACUACAUGUCUUUAAUUAAAUAUUCAUUACAAACAACAUAAAAAACAAAUGGUAUGCAAUCAGUGUAAUAAAAAUUUUGUAUUUAAGAAAAACUUUAAAGCAAACAUGCUAUCACACAGUGAUGGAAUAUUUGAUGACAUUUCACUCUAUGAAAGUAAUACACUACAAAACCAAAGAGCAACUAAAAAAUUGAUACAUAAAUCUGUUUAUAACAGUGAACCAGUCAAUGUCUCAGAAUAAAAGAAAUCAUUUUAAUGUUCUUAUUGUAAUAAUAACUGCAAAUCGAAACAAUCCUUGAGCCAACAUAAAAGACUUCAUCAAUCUGCUUUAAAAGUUACACAUCGAAAACUCAAUUCAAAAAUAGUAGAAUGCAAGUGGUGUAGUAUAAUAAUAACAAAAAAAGAAACUCACUUAAUCAUAUUAAAUCUAUGCAUUCUAACAUCAAUCUAAUAAGUCCAAUUGCAUUUAAGGAUUCUUCAUCAUUAAAACUACACGUGAUUGACUGUCGAACAAAUAAAGUUUAAUAUUUCAUUUG